AUGUCUGUGCCAAACAGAUCUUUAGAGGCCAUCUUUCUUGCUUUUGUUGUUCUUUCUUUCUCGGUGGCUGCUGCAUACUCGUCUAUUCAUGAGCUUCUCCGAAGCCAUGGCCUACCAGCAGGGCUGUUCCCAGAGAGUGUAAAGUCAUACAAUUUGGACCAAAGGGGUCGUUUGGAGGUGAACUUGGAUGGUCCUUGCAUGGCCAAGUAUGAAACAAGAGUGUUGUUUGAAACCGUGGUUCGAGCUAACCUUAGUUUUGGUCAGCUCAAGGGGUUGGAGGGUCUUUCCCAGGAAGAGCUUUUCCUAUGGCUACCUGUGAAGGAUAUCAUUGUCAACGAUCCAUCUUCUGGUCUCAUUCUCAUUGAUAUUGGUCUUGCACACAAACAGCUCUCUCUUUCUCUCUUUGAAGAUCCCCCAGUUUGCAGAUCCCAAGGUCUUUCACUAAAUAUUGGUGGAAGGAAGAGCAUUGGAUUUCAAGAUCAGAGAUGA